AUGGGGUUCGAUAUUGCAACACCACUUACGCUGAGGUGUGGGAUUACUCUCCCCAAUCGCCUAGUCAAAGCAGCCAUGGCAGAAAGACUUGCGGCGAGAGACGGCCUGCCGGGGAAUGACGAAUGCCUGGCUGCUUAUAGAAAGUGGGCUAGUGGAGGCUGGGGCUUGAUAAUAACAGGAAAUGUACAAGUGGAUCCAGCAUAUCUCGGUGGCAAUGGGGAUAUUAGCGUCAGCAGUUCAUUGUCGAAAGAACAGCUACUUAAAUGGAAGCUUUGGGCGGAGGCCUGUUCCGGGAAGGGCUCAAAAACAAUCGUCCAAAUCAACCAUCCUGGUCGUCAGUCACCAUUCACCAAGGGCAUAGCCCCUAGCGCGAUAGCACUGGACAUUGGCAAAGGCAUCGUGCCUUGGAUGGUGAACUCUUUUGUAUUCGGCACACCAAGAGAAAUGACAGAAGAAGAUAUCCAGGAUGUGAAAAGAAAGUUUGUGACGGCCGCACUUCUAGUAGCCGAAGCAGGGUUUGCUGGGAUUGAGAUUCACGCUGCUCAUGGCUAUUUAUUAGCUCAGUUCUUAUCUCCCAAUUCCAACAAGCGGGUAGAUAAGUACGGAGGAUCUGCUCUGGGAAGGGCUAGAUUUGUGGUGGAAAUAAUUCAGUCCAUUCGAGAGGUUGUGCCUCGUAGAUUUUGUGUUGGCAUCAAAAUCAAUUCCGCAGACUACGGGACUCCUGCUGAUAUGGACGACUGCAUACAACAGAUGCAGGUCAUAUGUAGCACUGAAAUAGAUUUUCUGGAGAUUAGUGGAGGCAGUUUUGAAAACCCAACGUUUAACACGGGACCAGUGCAUGAGCAGGCGGCAUCCAACAAGAUUCGUGAGGCAUUCUUUAUCGAUUUUGCAGCAGCCAUCAGAUCUAAGAUCCCUGGGGUUCCCCUUCUAGUGACGGGUGGAUUUAGAACACGACGAGCUAUGGAAGCGUCUAUUAGAGACGGGAGUUGUGAUUUGAUCGGUAUUGCUCGGCCUGCAGUGCUGAACCCAGAGUUACCGCUUGCUAUUCUCCUCAAUCCAGCAAUUCCAGAACCAGAGGCCAUAGCCCAUGCUAUCAGAUUAGAGGCAUCAAGCUUUGCUAGGUAUAUUGGAAUCAAGGCGAUCGGAGCAGGUGCGGAGACUGGUUGGUAUACCAAGCAGAUUCGCCAGAUGGGUACUAUCCAAGGCUCUAUUCUCAUCACGGGCUCUAAUGGAAGCCUUGGUAGCUCAAUCGUUCAGCGCAUCCUCUCUCACAGUGAGCUUCGUCGAAAUUACCAUGGGCUUUAUACAGUGAGCAAACCGGAGCGAGUAUCAAACAUCAACCGAGUCCUCAAGCAGGCCAAAAGCACAGGCCACGCCAGCGAGAUCGUAACUUUGGAUCUAUCCAGCCUUGAGAGUGUUCGUAAAGUUGCAGAAGACAUCAAUAGGCGCAUCGCAAACGGCUCUCUUGCUCCCAUCCGCGCAUUGAUACUAAAUGCCGCGUGGCAAGAACAGACCACGCAAACUUUCACCAGAGACGGCUUCGAUAUGACAUUUCAGGCAACCUACCUAUCUCACCUUUUGUUGGUGCUCCUACUUCUUCGAAGUAUGAAUAAAUCUUGCGGCCGAAUUGUUGUGUUGAGCAGCUGGGCACAUGAUACAGCUCACCCGAACAACAGGCUUGGAAACUUUGCAAAUGUAUAUAAAGACGAGAAGUAUCAUCAAAUUUUCAACGAUAUCGGUGAUAUCGAAAAUUUGGCGAAGGGGAAAUGGGGCCUAGAGACGGAGAACUCUGGAAACACACAUGCAGGAAUUCGGCGAUAUGGCGCGGCAAAGCUAUGCCAGGUAAUGAUGUUCCGCGAACUAUCUGAGCGUCUAGCUGGUGACAAAGAGCUCUCUGGGGUAUCUGUGCUAGCAGUUGAUCCUGCAGCAAUGCCGAGCGAUCUCACCCGACGUGACACUUGGGUUAGGAGGAUCUUGAUAGGGAAGAUAAUAUUACGCAUCAUAUCGUUCUUCAGCGUGCUUUUGUGGCCUAAUGGGCCAUUCAGGACUGCCUGGAAGUCCGCCGGCGAUGUGCUGCAUGCUGCCUUCGACACGAAGUCGCUUGGUCAUCACCCGAGUGGUGUAUAUCUAAACGGGUCGGAGGUGUCAGACGUGAGCCUCGAGGCUAGGGAUAGACGUAAGGCUCGCCAGCUGUGGAGGAAGAGCGUUCGAUACCUGCAGCUUGAAGAGGCGAGGAUAUUUUCCUAA